AUGGACAUAUUAACUGGUAAUCGGCGUCUUAUGCAUCUUGUGCCCGAAAAAGAAGAAGUUGAAGUGCUUAGAAGUGAUGUUUCUUACUACAAAAGAACUCCUCAAUAUACUGCUACUCAGAUCAAAGAGUAUUUGGAAAUUCAAGUGAAUGGUAAAAUUCGCAGAUUGCAUCUUUUUAGAGAGAUAGUGGAUGUGCAUUUAUUGGGUGAUCGAGUGGUUUUAGUAGGUCGAGAUUGGUUAGAAUUAUUAGAUACUAAUCGAUUGAUCAAAGAAAAACCGUUCAAAAACAAAAUUAUUGAUACGAAGGUUUUUAUGGGUUUAUUAUUAGUUCUUUAUCAGAAUAAGUUAUCUAUUUUUGAUAAGACUUUGAAGGAGAUAGAAAAGAUUACUUUGCCUAUUAAGUAUCCAGAUACACUCUUUGUUAAUGAAGAAGAGAAAGUCUUUGGAAUUCUAUCGGGAACGGCUAAAUCGGCCUACUUGUUCGAUUCAGCUGGUCAGUUAGUGCAAGAAGUUAAAACUAAAGCUAGUCCUAGAUGUGCUACUAUCUUUAGACAGAUGGAUAAGGUAUAUGUAGCUGUGGCUUAUAAGAACCAGAUCAAAAUAGUAGAUAUGCAGAAUGAGUUUAGUAAAGACUUAGCUACUGAUCAUCUGCAGAAUAUUACUCAGUUGGUUUACAGUUCAGAUCAAAGUAUGCUUGUUUCAGUCUCUCGGGAAGGUAUUCUUUGUCAGAGUCGGCUGGAAGAUGGGGAGGGAACGGCUUUCUAUGUUGAUGCUGAGGGGAUUAAGAGUCUGAGUCUUUCUUAG